AUGGGCUGUAACUUAUCACGAGUAGCAAAUGCAUCGAGUUUAUUAACAGCUGAACAAAGUCAUUUGCUUGUUCGAGAUAAUUGGACUGAUGUAUGUAAUAAAUGUUAUGAAGAAGUUGGCAUUAGUUUUAUGGUUCGAAUCUUUCAAGAUUAUCCUCAACUAAGAAAACUUUGGAUUUUUGCCGCUAAUCUUGAAAAGGAAGAAGAAAUUCGAAAUAAUGCACAAGUACGUUAUCAUGCUGCAAAAAUCAUGUACACUCUUAAUGAAAUUAUUAACAAUAUCGAUGACUAUGACAAACGACGUCAUAUUCUCGAAAGUCUUGGUCAAAUUCAUUUUAUGUAUGAUGUACAACCUGCUUAUUUUCAGGCAGCAAAAUCUUCUAUGGAACAUGUAUUAAAUUCAGUACUUGGCAAAAAUUUUACAGAUCGUCAUAAGCAAGCAUGGACUUAUCUUUUUCAGCAGAUUGUUGUCGAUUUGGGUCGAGGUGUCGAACAACAAGCAGUUCUUGCUGGCUAUGGUGUUGAAGAUACAACCUCUUCAAGUUGUGGAUGCUGUCCAGCGCCAUGGUGUCCCACUCGAGCAGAAUCUUGUUCAUCAAAUGUUGACUGUGAAUGUCUAUGGAUGACAGUCACUGGUGAUGGUAUGUGUGCCGACACAGUUAUCUCUUGUUCGAAUCUAGCACCGUGUCAGAGUGAUAAUUUGACAUGUUCGGAAAUCAAUACGGUCUGUGUUAAUAAUACUCGAUGCAAUCGACCUGUGUGCUUUCCACUUGCACGUGCUCAAACUCAAAGAUGUCCACCCAAAGGAACGUCAACAACAACAUCAAGAACAACAACAACAACGACAACCACAAUACCAAGAAUAACAACAACAGUGUCAGCACAACGUAUAAAUACAAUUACAUAUUCUCAAAAUUUCACUGUGAGUGGUACCCCUUCGGACCAAUGUACGGCAUGGGAAGUGUUUCGAGCUCAAUUGAUCGCACAACCUUAUACAUCGAUGACAAUGAAAGGCACAAAUAAUGCAGUGGGCAUAACACUUACAAAUGCUACUGUUGUGGCAGCCAUCGCUCAGGCUCUUCGAACAAAUACUACAUACGGUCCUGUUUCAUUGGACCUGUAUUCAUGGGCAGUAGGAGUAUGCGGUAGUGGCUAUGAAGUUACUUCAACAGGUUCAAUAUGCGCCUGCAACACUGGUUAUACAAUUCGACCUUGUAUUGGCAAUUGGAAUUGGGGCGCUAUCGAUGGAUAUACAUGUAGUGCGUCGUCUCAAACCAUGACUUUAAUAUUUCAGUACUAA